AUGGCAAAGUUCGCGAUCGUCGCGAUCGUCCUACUGGCGGUCACCGGUUCAUUGUCCCAGAGAAUAAUUAGGGAAACGCCAGCCGCAGAUACGAACGUGGAGGCCAUCAGGGACAUCCUGCAGAAGAUUUCGACGGGUGAUUCGAACGCGAAGGACGACGAGAGGCUGAUCGAGAUCAUCAAGGAGGAGAUCGUGAAGACCGCGGAGGAGAUCAAGUCGCCGGAAGGAUCGAUCGAUGCGGCCGCCAGGAAGGCGCAGUCGUUGGUCUCCACAUUGACCUCCUCGUACACCAGCGCCAUUUACAAGUCCAAAACGCCCGAGGAAGGCCGAGAGAACUUCGCGCGCUUCCAGACCACCGUUCAGGCGAUCGUGGAAUUCAUCAAAAACGGUCGAUUCCUAGCGUAG